ACUUUGGCCGCUGAGUGAGUGAGUGAGUGAGUGGCUGAGCGCACACACACACAGCACACGCACACACUCGACUCGACUCGACUCGACUGGCUGGCCGCCCCUCGGCGAGCGGGCGGGCGGGCGAGACCAACUCCUUCCUUUCUCUCUCUCUACCACCACUACCACCACAACCCAUCGAUUGACCCCUGUCACGACGGCACGAUCUUGCACGACUCGACGAGCUCCCUCAUCUUCACGCACAGCACUCCCUUAAACUAAACAAAAGACAGACAAGAUGGAAGACGAAGUCGCUGCCCUCGUCAUCGACAAUGGAUCGGGAAUGUGCAAGGCCGGUUUCGCCGGCGAUGACGCACCCCGAGCCGUCUUCCCCUCCAUCGUAGGGCGACCUCGUCACCAGGGUGUCAUGGUUGGCAUGGGACAGAAGGACUCGUACGUCGGUGACGAGGCCCAGUCGAAGCGUGGUAUCCUCACGCUCAAGUACCCCAUCGAGCACGGUAUUGUCACCAACUGGGACGACAUGGAGAAGAUCUGGCACCACACCUUCUACAACGAGCUGCGUGUCGCCCCCGAGGAGCACCCCGUCCUCCUUACCGAGGCUCCCCUCAACCCAAAGGCCAACCGCGAGAAGAUGACACAGAUCAUGUUCGAGACGUUCAACGCACCCGCAUUCUACGUCGCCAUCCAGGCUGUCCUCUCCCUCUACGCUUCGGGUCGUACCACCGGUAUCGUCCUCGACUCGGGUGAUGGUGUCACGCACACGGUCCCCAUCUACGAGGGCUACUCGCUCCCCCACGCCAUCCUCCGUCUGGACCUCGCCGGUCGUGACUUGACCGAGCACCUCGUCAAGAUCCUCAUGGAGCGCGGCUAUCCCUUCACCACCACCGCAGAGCGCGAAAUUGUGCGCGACAUCAAGGAGAAGCUCUGCUACGUCGCCCUCGACUUCGAGCAGGAGAUGCAGACGGCCUCCCAGUCCUCUGCCCUCGAGAAGUCCUACGAGCUCCCCGACGGCCAAGUCAUUACCAUCGGAAACGAGCGCUUCCGCUGCCCCGAGGCCUUGUUCCAGCCCAGCUUCCUCGGACUGGAAGCCUCGGGAAUCCACGAGACGACGUACAACUCGAUCAUGAAGUGCGACCUCGACAUCCGCAAAGACCUCUACGGCAACAUCGUCAUGUCCGGUGGAACUACCAUGUACGCCGGUAUCUCGGACCGUAUGCAGAAGGAGAUCACCGCUUUGGCCCCCUCUUCGAUGAAGGUCAAGAUUGUGGCACCUCCUGAGCGCAAGUACUCCGUCUGGAUCGGUGGAUCCAUCUUGGCUUCGCUGUCUACCUUCCAGCAGAUGUGGAUCUCCAAGCAGGAGUACGACGAGUCUGGACCUGCCCUUGUGCACCGCAAGUGCUUCUAAGCGUGCGCGUAAGCGUGUGCGGGGCAGGCGAGAUGAGAAGAUACUUUCUGCUACUACGACGACGUCAACGACGACGAUGAGGAGGAGGGUAACGAUUAAGAAUGCCUCGGUGAAGAAAGGGGAAGCUCGUCCGUUCCCGGGCAUCUUGCAGCGCCGCGUGAGAGGACAGGGAAUGGGGGAGGGAGUUGGGAUGGAAAGACGAGAAGAGAGAUCGCGGCAAGCGUACCAGGGAAGGUCGAGAGCGCAAUCAGGAUCAGAAAAAGCCCAAAGUUAUUGCAGACGUUCGUCUCUCCCGCCGCAACCGCCUCUCCUCUUCACCUCCUCCAUUUCCCUCUCCGCCUCCUCUCUCCCUCUCCCGCCUACCGACCCUUGCUUGCUCGUUUCCCUCUCAUCUCAACGAAUGC